AUGGCUGCCGCGUACCAGAACCAGUCGCAGCCCAUCUUCCCUGACAGCUAUGUCGGUUUCGACAGCAUCACCAAGCAGAUUGAGCGCAAGUCAAUCAAGCGGGGCUUCCAGUUCAAUGUCAUCUGCGUUGGCCAGACGGGUCUGGGCAAGUCGACGCUUAUUAACACGCUCUUUGCCUCGCACCUGAUGGACAGCAAGGGCCGCUUCCAGCCCGACGAGGAGGUCCGCAGCACUACCACCAUCCACCCGGUCUCACACAUCAUCGAGGAAAACGGCGUGCGUCUCCGCCUCAACAUCGUCGACACCCCCGGCUACGGCGAUCUGAUCAACAACGAACGCUGCUGGGACCCCAUUGUCAAGUACAUCAAGGACCAGCACAGUGCCUACCUCCGCAAGGAGCUCACCGCCCAGCGUGAGAGGUACCUCCAGGACACGCGUAUCCACUGCUGCUUGUUCUUCAUCCAGCCAUCUGGUCACGCCCUGAAGCCCAUUGACAUUGUUGUCCUUAAGAAGUUGAGCGAGUUUGUCAAUGUUGUGCCUGUCAUUGCCAAGAGUGAUAGCUUGACGCUGGAGGAGCGUGCCGAGUUCAAGCACCGGAUAAAGGAGGAGUUCCAGUUCCACAACCUGCGCAUGUACCCCUAUGACAACGAGGAGGAUGAUAGUGAGGAAGUCCAGGCAAAGCAGGCUAUUAAGGAGCUCCUGCCCUUUGCCGUCGUCGGUUCUGAGAGGACUGUUGUUGUUAAUGGCAAGAACGUCCGCGGCCGCCAGAACAAGUGGGGUAUUAUCAAUGUCGAGGACGAGAACCACUGCGAAUUCGUAUACCUCCGCAACUUCCUUACCCGCACCCACUUGCAAGACCUGAUCGAGACGACCGCACAAAUCCACUACGAAUCGUUCCGUGCUAAGCAGCUGCUUGCGCUCAAGGAGAGCAGUGCCCAUGGAGGCCACUCCUCGCGCCCCAUCUCACCUGCCGCUGAUCGCGAGCUUAGCAGGAACAGCCAGCGCAUGACCAUGAACGGGUACUAG